UGGGUCAUGCUCAUGCCUGACUGGGCCAUGUUGGUUUGAUCCUUGGCUCCUCAACCCUAUCAAAACAUAAGAGAUAAUGCACGACUUAGCGUAGCAGGACAAGAAGCUUCAGCCUUCUUUGUACAGUCCUUUUGAGUGCUUUAUAAAGUCUUAACAUACCCAAAAAAUGAAAAACAAAACACAAUAAAUGUCCGACAGACAACCCUAACCACAGGCGUGACUACAAUUUACCCAAUGAACAAACGAAGAAACGUUAGUUUCAUCAACGAGGAACAGAUACCCACAACAGACAGAGGGAGGACGGAGGGGUGAUGAAUCAGAUUCCAGCAGUUACUAACGGUUACUUCUCCCGCCAAAACGGUCCCUUUUCCAUCUUCAAAAUUUUGCGCAAUUAUUGUUUCUGUUCGAUGCAACAGUCAUACCCCCAGCCCACCUCAUACGCUUCAAUCCUCCAGCAAGUGAAAGGGCUAAAGCCACUAAGCCAAGUACAUGCCAACAUGGUUACCUCUGGCGUCUCUGAAAACAUCUUCCUUUCCAAUAGAUUAAUCAACUCAUACGCUUCGUUUGGACUCAUGGUCGAAGCCGGGAAGAUAUUCUGCCGAAUGCCUUGUAAAAAUGUUGUUUCUUGGACAAUCUUGGUAUCUGCUUAUGCAAAAAACGACCUUUUCUUCGAAGCCAUUGAUGUAUUCCGGGAAAUGAUUACAAGUGGCGUGCCGCCAAAUGCUGUUACUAUCUCAAGCAUCCUACCUGCUUUUGGUAAGUUGGGUUUGGAGCAAUUGGGGAAAUCGGUUCAUUGCUUUUGGAUGAGCUGCGGUUCUGGAACAAAUGUGUUUGUGGAAACCGCGCUGGUUGAUAUGUAUUGUAAAUUUGGGAGCAUUCGUUUUGCUCGACAGUUGUUUGAUGGUAUGUCUGAGAGGAAUGUUGUUUCUUGGAAUGCAAUUAUUUCAGGUCAUGCUGAUUGUGGGUUUGGUGAAGAGGCAUUUGGGCUUUUCAGUUUGAUGAGAAGAGAAGGGUUUUCUGUAGAUUGUUUUACCAUGAUGGGCUUGAUAUCAGCUGUUGCAAGUAUGGAUUGUCGGACAGGAGUGGGUGUCCAUGGUUAUGCAAUUAGAACUGGGUUUGAGAAUGAUCAACUUGUUAGGACUGCUUUGAUGGAUAUGUAUGUAAGUGGAAAAUAUAUUGAGGAUGCUUGCUUAAUUUUUAAUGAGAUGCCUAUGAACAAUGUUGUGACUUGGACCUUGAUGUUAAAAGGGCUUUCAAGGGGUCGAUAUUGGAAGAAGGCCAUGAAUCAUUUCAAUGAAAUGAUGAGAUUAGAGGACUUAGAAUUGGAUGCAGUUUCUUUCAUUAGCAUCCUCUCAAUCUGCAGCAGCUCUGGAUCUCUGCAGCAAGGGAGACGAAUCCAUGCAUUUAUAGUAAAAACAGGUUUUGCACAUGUUGUACUCGUGGGAUCUGCAAUUAUUGACAUGUAUGCAAACUGUGCCAGUUUAGAAGAUGCAAAACAAUAUUUUGAAGAGAUGGAUGAGAAGGAUGUCGCAUGUUGGAAUGCUAUGAUUGCCGGUAAUGGGAUGAACGGGAAUGGAAAUAAUGCAGUUAAUCUCUUUUUUCAGAUGAAAGAUUCGAGCAUUAACCCAAAUGAAUUGACUUUGUUGUGCAUCUUAUCUGCUUGUAGUCAUGCUGGAAUGGUUGAUCAAGGACUUCAUAUUUUCAGGCAUAUGGUUAGUAGUUGGGGUGUAGUUCCUAAUUCAAGGCAUUAUGCUUGUGUUAUUGACCUUCUUGGCCGUGCAGGGAAAUUAUGUGAUGCUUAUUCGUUAGUUAAUAGCAUGCCUCUGUUUCCGAGUUUUGAUGUUUAUUGUGCUUUGCUCAGUGCCUGCAAAGUCCAUGGUGAAAUCGAGUUGGCAAUUGAAAUUUCUGAGAAAUUGUUUGGCUUGGAGCCAAAUGAUGCUGGUUACUAUGCAUUACUGUCAAACAUGUAUGCUUCCGCUGGAAACUGGGAAGCUGUAAGAACGACUCAAGAAUUGUUGCGAUCAAAAGGAUUGAACAAGGACCCAGGGUUGAGUUCAAUUGAGAUAAAUGGAGAACUAUGCACAUUUAUGGCUGGACAGAAGGAUCAUCCUCAAUACCUUGAGGUUCAAGGGAUGUUAAAGCACAUGAUAUCAGAAAUAAAAGAGGCAGGUUAUGUGCUUGAUACAAAACUUGUACUCCCAGGGUUUAUAAGAUGAAGUGAAAAAGGAUAUCCUAUAUCAUCACAUUAAGAAGUUAGCCAUUGCUUUAUGACUGGGGAGAACCAAGCUGGGAACUAUCAUUAGAUCACAAAGAAUUUGCACGCAUGCAGCCAUUGCCACUCUGUAAUCUGGCCUGUUCUUUCAAGUUCAUAGUCAGAUAGAAUGCGACAUUUUUAUUACCAAAAAGUUUUCAGUCAACUGCAGGGAAAUGGUUCCACGAUCCAAGGUAUAACUAUAUAUUCAAUUGUUUCCAGAAGAUAUCAUAUUUGACAAUCAGUAUUCAGUAAAGUGCAGUCAGAACUUCUAUCUUUCCUGUGCUUCCUUAAAUCUACGUUUGCAUGAAUUUCUUAUUUCAUUUUCGUCAUUUAUCUAUAGAUCAUGUGCUCCACCUGCAUGGCUAUAUUGGUGAAGGUUGGCGAGUUAAGUUCAGUAUAGUUUGUUGUGGGAGGGUACCAUUUUUGAAGGGUCUUCUUCUUAUAUAACAUCACUGUUCAUAUAAAAUUCUCCACUUUCUAAACUGGUCCAGGAUUGGAUUUGGAGGCAUUAAAACAACUUGGACCCUGUAUGGAUAAAGGUCAAGGUGAUUAGGAGUACUGGUCAUAUGAAAAUGGAAGGGCUGCAAACAACUUGAGCAUUUUGAUGUUAAGGACUGCAAUGGUUUCAAUAUUAUUAAAGCUUGCUUCUCACAUUAUACCAACAUUCAAGCAUGAGGGUUCGCAGUUGUACUCUAUGAUUAUUAUGACGACUCUGGCUAUUAUGAUCAUCCACAUGAUUGUCUUGAUCAUCUAUGCAUGGCUACCUAGGUUUAGAUUUCAGCAAGAAAAGGCAAAGAAUUUUUGAAACCUACAAGGAAGAAGAUGGAGACAACAAUGAGAAUGGGUAAAUAACAUAAAUGGUCACUGAAAUUUGUACUAAGUACAAAAAGGUUGUUGAACUUCAAUUUGUAACUAAAAGAUCAUUGAAUUUCAAUUUAGUAUACAAUUCUAUAACUAUAA